ACAAGCUCCCCAGAAACAAAUUAAACCUGGGCCUAGACCAAGUCCUUUUAGCACAUCCCAGACUGGACUCUGUGAGUGCUGGAGCAAACCCUGCUCAGCAGGAAGCCCAGGGAGCAUUUCCCUGCCACGGGAGCGGGACGGAAAAGGGAAUCGCGCGGAUCGUCUGCAGUGGGACUCUCUCCCUCUGCUGUCGCUGGCUCUUUGCACUGACACUGUGUCCUCCCCUCCCUGCCCCGGCGAGGCACUGACGGCUCUGUUGGUCCUUGGCAGUGUCCUGGACAGCCCGGGCCGGCUGGACGAGGAGCACCGGCUGAUCGCCAGGUACGCCGCGCGACUCGCCGCCGAGGCCGCCAGCGCCCCCCGCCCGCCCUCGGACCUGGGAUUCAGCUUCGAUGCCAACAAGCAGCAGCGGCAGCUGAUAGCGGAGCUGGAGAACAAGAACAGGGAGAUCCUGCAGGAGAUCCAGCGGCUCAGGCUGGAACACGAGCAGGCCUCUCAGCCCACCCCCGAGAAGGCCCAGCAGAACCCGACCCUGCUGGCUGAGCUCAGGCUCUUACGGCAGAGGAAGGAUGAGCUGGAGCAGAGGAUGUCAGCGCUUCAGGAGAGCAGAAGAGAACUGAUGGUGCAGCUGGAAGGGCUGAUGAAGCUGCUCAAAGAAGAAGAGCAAAAGCAGGCAGCGCAGGCGGCGGGCUCGGCCCAGCCCUCGCCCACCCACGGCCGCCCCAUCCCGAUGCCCGUCAGGUCCAGCUCCGCAGGGUCCACCCCCACCCACGGCCCGCAGGACGCGCUCGCCGGAGUCGGGGGAGACGUCCAGGAGGCCUUCACACAAGGUGAGGGGCUGAACAUCCCCCAGGCACAGGAGGCCUUCACACAAGGUACGAGGAGGAACCUGCGCAACGACCUGCUGGUCGCGGCCGAUUCCAUCACCAACACCAUGUCCUCGCUGGUGAAGGAGCUUCACUCAGCAGAGGAAGAAGACGAAGAAGAAACAGGGAAGCUGCAGAAUGGGAAGGACCGAGGUUAGGAGGGCAGCCGAGGCUGGACAGCAAUUCAGGCGCGGAGGUUGCGCUCGCGACCGAGGGACGUCUCCCGUCCUUGGGAAGAGGCACGUUCAGCCCAUCCAUCACCAUCGUGUGCAACUGUGACCGAUCUCCACCACCUGCUGCCGACACAGCCCUCCCAAAGCCAGCGGGAGGGCUCUCCCACAGCCCCCCGGGGGGCUCUCCCCGGAACACCCGGAGGACUCUCCUGCCCUCAGGCCAUUGCAUGUUCCCUCGGCGGGUUCCCCAGCGACGACCACACCAUGUCCCACCCGGCUCAGCGAGUCACGGGAGGCUUGAGAAAACAAAAAAAAAACACCUGAAAGGAAACUGCUGGUGGCUGUUCCCGCUCCGUGCACGGCUCCGUCCCGGCCUCCUCCCGGGCGGUGCCACCGUCGCCUCACACGCUGGUCCUUCCUCCUCGUGUGCAUGGAAAAAGGGG